GUACUUCCGUCGGCCCCUGAACAUCUUCUGUGAGUUUAUACCUCAGCUGGUCUUCCUGCUUUGUCUGUUUGGGUACCUGGUGGCCCUCGUCUUCUACAAGUGGAUCUUCUUCACUGCCCUCUGUACCCAGUAUGCUCCACAGCUUCUUAUCCAGUUUAUCAAUAUGUUUUUGAUAACAUAUACACCCCGCUCCAAACCGGCCAAUUUUACUGGGGACUUGUAUGCCUGCUCUAGUAUUGAACCAAAGAGUAUCAAUGCCACGUCACAGACCGUCUUCUUUGAGUACCAGCAACCCAUUCAGAUCACCCUUGUUAUCUUGGCGCUAGCGAUGGUUCCGAUGAUGUUACUAGUGAAGCCUUUUGUCUUGAGAGCCAGACAUAAUGCCAGGGUCAAGGCCAGUAAUAGCGUAAGUAUAGAGUAUUGCUAGUCAUGUAAUAAGCUAGCUGUGUGUUUUCUUUUUU